AUGGCAAACUCGGCUAUGACAGAAUUCCUGCGCGACAAAGGAAUCAAUGCCGCUGAUAUCCGCCGCCGUGCACUUGAACGUGCUGAAGCCGCUGAAGCUGCUGAAGCUGCUGAAGGUGAAGUUUCGUCUCCAGCACCAGCCUCGGCCCCAACCACUCGUCGCCGUCGUGGGCAACCUGAGAGCGAAGCCGGUCCUUCCACGGAGCAGCCUUCCUCCUCAACAGCUGCAGAAACUAAAAAACGAAAGAAGGAUGGUUGGAGAAUGAAAUCUGUCUCAGUCCCUGGGCAAAUCGCAUUCUGUGCGGAAUGUGAUUGCCGUUUCACCGUGACAGCAUAUUCCCGCAACAGCCCAGACGGCGACGGAUUACUAUGCAACACAUGCGGGGCACGUGAUGCUGGUGCUAAGAAAAAGGAGAAGAAAAAGAGGGUUGUGGCCAAAAGGGGAAAGAAGGAGGGUGCAAAGAAUAUCCUAGAUGGAAAAGUGUGGGGACCAAAAACUUUGAGGGAACUUUGUAUCAAUCUCGUUGCGAAAUACAUUGAUGAUGUUGAAGCUCUGGGUGAUAUCGGUGCAAUGAACAUGGAUCUUAUAUGCCAGAUCAUUUCCCGAAACCGUAGGCUUAAUAACAACACCAUGAAGCUAUUUCUAGACCCGGGAAGCACCAGACUCAAUAUUUAUGAUUGCUCCAAAAUCGAAGCCAACGAGCUCCAAUCCAUUGCUUCCGUCGUUCCUACUCUCCGCCACCUCUCCCUCUCCUUUUGUGGUAACAUGACAGACACAGUUCUCACCUACUACGCGCACCAGCUACAUUCUCUAAACUCCCUCCAUCUUGGUGGCCCCUUCCUCGUCACAGUGGAAUGCUAUCACAGCUUCUUCAAGCUAGUCGGUUCCCGCCUUACAAGCCUCAAGCUCACCGACACUGCGCGCAUCACUGCCUCUGUCAUCGAGUCCAUCGUUGACAACUGCCCCAACCUCACCGAGCUCCGUCUCUCCGACCUCAACAAAUUUGAUGACGAGUGCACGCGCCUCCUUACAGGCCUGACCAAGCUCGAGGUCCUCGAGAUCUCAAGCCCCGGCCGCGAAGUCAGUGAUAAAGCUAUUAUUGAUCUCCUAUCCUCCAUUGGGGAUGGAUUAAAGGAGCUUGAUCUCACCCGCUGCCAGGAGCUCACUGAUGAAAUCCUGCCGUUGAUCCGCGCUCGGUGUACAGAUCUACAGAUCCUGACGCUGGAAGACUGUGAACAGCUUACCAACGAGGGUGUGGCUGCACUAUUCACAGAUUGGAGCAAUUCGGGUCUCUCGCAUCUAAAUCUCUCACGCAUCGUCAACUUGUCUGAUGAAGCUCUUCACGCCGUCCUCGAUCACUCAGGGACCAAUCUAGAGGUCCUUAACCUCAACUCCUGUGGGAAACUGACCGACGUUGGGCUUGGAGCUCUCGGGAGGGGGUUUGGAAGGCUAGAGGAAAUUGACUUGGGCUUUAUUGGGGCCGUCAACGAUAGCGUUCUAGAGGACUUGGGGAGGAGCUGCAAGGUACUAAAGACGAUCAAAGUAUGGGGCGUGUUGAGGUGCACUGGGUGUGCUAGCUUGCCUACUGGCUUGCAGGUGGUUGGCGUGCAGGAGAUUGCUAGUCGUUGA